UUCAAAUCUACGUACGUUUUCGUAUAACCGGAAAUCCUCGCUUCAGUCUGAUUUUAGAGAUUUCUUCUUCUUCUUUUUUUCCAUUUCAAAAUGUUUUCUGUGUUUAAUUCCAUUCCAACUCACAUGGACUAUAAAGGUCAGAAACUUGCAGAGCAGAUUUUCCAAGGAGUCAUUUUGGCCUCAGCUAUCAUUGGGUUCAUUUACGGUCUGAUUAUCGAGCAGUUCGGGUGGACUGUUUACAUCAUGUUAGCCGGAUUUGCCAUCUCCUGUUUGCUCACCCUGCCUCCGUGGCCCAUGUACAGACAAAACCCCCUCACGUGGCAGCCGAUUGUACCAGAGACACCCGAGACCCGCGAAAAGCCUCAGGAGAACUUGAAGAAGAAAAAACACAAGUAGAAGCGUGUGCCACUGUUUCGGCUGUGGGACGACAUGUUUGUGCAGUGGACUUGGCGAAGCAGAAACGAUAGAUGACUUCAUUGUUUUCAUGUAAAAUUCCACACGAGUUGAAUAAAGAGGAUUAUUUGUAUUGUA